AUGAGACGUAAAAAUGAGAAUAUUUAUUUUCUUUCUUUCCUCACUACACUUGCAGAAGAAUUAAUAUCUGAAGGUAUACAAAAUACAAGCUUACCAUUACCAAAACAAGGCCUUCAAGAAAAAGAAAAUUAUAUAGUGCAUCAUCAUUACAUCUUCCUGUGGAGGGAUCAACAAGAAGAAGAUCCACUAGAUGUUCUGAAGAGAAAAAACAAACAAGAACAAAACUCUUUGCGAGGAGUGCAAUAUUCCAUUGUGCAAGUUCUGUUUCAUGUUGUAUCAUACCAAGUAGUUAUUUAG